AUGGGAAACCAGGAUGGGAAGCUGAAGAGGAGCGCAGGUGAUGCUUCCCACGAAGGCGGCGGCGGCGGCGGCGCCGAGGAUGCUGCGCGGCCCAGGGAUGCGGAAACCACAAAGAAGGGGAGCGGGAGCAAGAAGGCGCUGGGCAAGCACGGCAAGGGGGGAGGGGGCGGCGGCGGGGAGCCGGGCAAGAAGAAGAGCAAGUCGGAUUCCAGAGCCUCGGUGUUUUCCAACCUGCGGAUAAGGAAGAACCUUUCCAAGGGGAAAGGGGCCAGCGACUCCCGCGAAGAUGUGCUGGAUUCUCAGGCCCUGCAGAUCGGGGAGCUGGACAGCGCUCAGUCCCUGGUUACUAAGACUCCGGACCUCAGCCUCUCGGCCGAGGAGACGGGCCUGUCGGAUACAGAGUGUGCGGACCCCUUUGAGGUGACCCGUCUAGGUAGCCCUAGGCCGGCCCAGGCUAGGGAAGGGGUCCAGGCGGUCGCAGAGGAUUUGGAAACUGCGGCAGGGGCUCAGGAUGGACAAAGGACCAGUUCUGGCUCGGACACGGACAUCUAUAGCUUCCAUUCGGCUACGGAGCAGGAGGAUUUGCUUUCCGACAUCCAGCAGGCAAUCCGCCUGCAGCACCAACAGCAGCACCAGCAGCAGCUGCUGCUCCAAGACUCAGAGGAGCCCGCAGCGCCCCCCACUGCCGCCUUCCUGGGCCUGGAUGGGUUCCUGCUGGGACCCAGCGGCGGAGUUGUUGGGGAGGCCCCGGGCCGCGGGGACGUCGCCGAUCAGACCUCGUCCGCGCUCUCCGCCUUGCCGGAGAGCCAGCUCAGCGAGCCCCCCGCGGCGCGCGAGCCCCCGGCCUCCCCGCGAGACCGCUUCGCCUCCGAGGCGCUCAGCUUCUCCACCGCCCAGUCGGCCGCCGCCGACUCCCCCUCGUCCGCUGCCUUCGCGUUUCCCGAGGCUGGGGCUGGCGAGGAGGCAGCCGGAGCCCUCGUACCCGGGGCUGGGGACACAGACGAGGAGGGCGAGGAGGAUGCUUUUGAGGAUGCUCCCCGAGGCUCUCCCGGAGAGGAGUGGGGCCCAGAGGUGGCCGAGGCCCCGCAGAGGCUGGAAGAAGAGCCGGAGGAGCGCACCCCAGGCCCCGCUCUCCCCGCAGCCGCCUCUCUGCCCAGUAGCCCCGCGCCCAGCCCGCGCUGCUUCAAGCCCUACCCGCUCAUCAACCCCUGCUACAUCAAGACCACCACCCGGCAGCUCAGCUCCCCCAACCACUCCCCCUCCCAGUCCCCCAGCCAGAGCCCCAGGAUCAAGAGGCGCCUGGAGUCCGCCCUGAGCCGAGGCUCCAGGGCUGGCUUGGCCUCUGUGGCAGCCCCGGCUAAGAAGCACCGGGUGGACGGCGGCCUGGCCGGGGGACUCAGCCGCUCCGCAGACUGGACGGAUGAGCUGGGCGCCCGCGCGCCUGGGGCCGGAGGCUCCGCGCACCUGCUGGGGCGCGGGGCGACAACGGAUCCCAGCGGUGGCGGGUCCCCGGCUCUGACGGCCACGGCGACUGGGACGCCAGCGACGGCGGAUGGCUUCCAAAACGUGUUCACAGGGCGAACUCUGUUGGAGAAGCUGUUUAGCCAGCAGGAGAACGGGCCUCCCGAAGAAGCAGAGAAAUUUUGCUCGCGGAUCAUCGCCAUGGGUCUUCUACUUCCUUUUAGUGACUGCUUCAGGGAACCAUGUAAUCAGAACGCUGGGUCAAGUUCAGCUCCCUUUGAUCAAGAUCAACUGUACACCUGGGCUGCAGUUAGUCAACCCACACAUUCACUGGAUUACAUAGAAGGGCAGUUUCCCAGGCGAGCCCCAUCUAUGUGGCCACCAUCAAGACCUCCUGAAGAACAACUCAAGGCCAAGGAUGUUGAAACAGAAACUCAGUCUGCAGUUUUGGAAAGUCCAAAAAAUGGUUCAAAUGCUGUCCAGCAGGAAGUUUUUGACACAAAGUCGGAAGGACAGGCAACUGUCAUUCAGCAGCUGGAACGCACCAUUGAAGAUCUGCGGACCAAGAUAGCUGAACUGGAGAAGCAGUACCCCGUACCAGAUAUGGAGGUGACCAGUAGCCAUCAAGGGGUUGAGAAUGGAGUCACUCCUUCAGAUCUUGUCUGUCUGGAAGCUCUCAGAAUAGAAGGGAAGGAUUUGCAGCAGCCGAGAGUUUUAGAGGCAAAAUCAAUACAGACGUCUCCAACAGAAGAAGGUGGGGGACUGCCUUUGCCACCAGGGAAUGCACUGCAUGGUCUUCCAUGCCCACCCGCGACUGGAGAUUUACCUGCUGGACCUCAAACAAAAUUCUGCUCAGAGAUUUCUUUGCUUGUGUCUCCAAGACGGAUAUCAGUACAGUUUGACUCCCAGCAGUCCACACCAACUGUAUCCCAGCUUCUACCACCAACAUCUCCUCAAGGGACAAAUGGUCAGGGUCAGCCUGGGUCACUGCUGUCCCACCCUUCUCUUCACACUGAAGGUGGAACCAGCCAUGAUCACUCUGUUUCUUCUUCCUUGGAAAAUAGAUGUACUGUUCCACCUCCACCGCCUCUGCCUUCCAUGGAGUCCUCUAGUUCCAUGCCUGGCUUGAACGUGGCUACGUCUGCUCCCCCCUCCAUCUCAGAUGGGACAGUGCCUGUUCUGCCCAGUACAGCAAUCCCCCAAACCCCCCCUCUGCCUGGUACUCAAAUGCUGCCACCCACUCCUCCUCCUCUCCCGGGAAUGGGAAUACCUCAUCCUCCUCCUCUCCCAGGAACGUGUGUACCCCCACCCCCACCCCUCCCUGGAGUGGAAAUACCACCUCCCCCUCCCCUCCCUGGAGUAGGAAUACCCCCUCCUCCUCCUCUCCCUGGAAUGGAAGUCCCUCCGCCUCCCCCUCUCCCUGGAGUGGGAAUACCCCCUGCUCCCCCUCUCCCUGGAGUGGGAAUACCCCCUGCUCCCCCUCUCCCUGGAGUGGGAAUACCCCCUGCUCCCCCUCUCCCUGGAGUGGGAAUACCCCCUGCUCCCCCUCUCCUUGGAGUGGGAAUACCUCCCCCUCCCCCUCUCCCUGGAGUGGGAAUACCCCCACCUCCCCCUCUCCCGGGAAUGGAAGUACCUCCGCCUCCCCCUCUCCCUGGCAUGGGGAUACCCCCUCCUCCUCCUCCUCCUCCUCCUCCCUUGCCUGGAGUGGGGAUACCCCCUCCCCCUCCUCUCCCUGGAGUGGGAGUACCUCCCCCUCCCCCUCCCCCUCUCCCUGGAGUGGGAAUACCCCCACCCCCUGCUCUCCCUGGAGCUGCAGUUCCUCCACCUCCUCCUUUGCCAGGUAUGGGGAUUCCACCUGCUCCCCCUCCCCCUGGGUCAGGAAUACCUCCACCCCCACCCCCUCCUCUGCUCCCUGGAUCAGGACCUACACUCUCCCCACAAGUUGGGAGUAGCACUUUAUCAGCACCACAAGUGUGUGGAUUUCUUCUUCCUCCUCUGCCCACUGGCUUGUUUGGGUUUGGGAUGAGUCAGGACAGAGGGAGUAGGAAGCAGCCAAUAGAGCCUUGUCGGCCAAUGAAGCCUCUUUAUUGGACAAGGAUUCAACUCCACAGUAAAAGAGACUCCAGUCCUUCACUCAUUUGGGAAAAAAUUGAAGAGCCAUCUAUAGAUUGUCAUGAAUUUGAAGAAUUAUUUUCAAAAACUGCUGUAAAGGAGAGAAAGAAACCUAUUUCUGAUACAAUUUCAAAGACGAAGGCUAAACAAGUUGUCAAGUUAUUAAGCAAUAAAAGAUCACAAGCAGUUGGAAUUUUAAUGUCCAGUCUUCAUUUAGAUAUGAAAGACAUACAGCAUGCUGUUGUGAACUUGGACAAUUCUGUGGUUGACCUGGAGACACUUCAAGCUCUUUAUGAGAAUAGAGCUCAGUCAGAUGAACUGGAAAAAAUUGAAAAGCAUGGCCGAUCUUCUAAAGACAAGGAAACUGCCAAGUCUCUGGACAAACCUGAACAGUUCCUUUAUGAGCUGUCGCUCAUCCCCAACUUUUCAGAGCGGGUCUUUUGCAUCCUCUUUCAGUCCACAUUUUCAGAAAGUAUUUGCUCAAUUCGUCGCAAGUUAGAAUUACUCCAGAAAUUGUGUGAGACAUUAAAAAAUGGCCCCGGGGUGAUGCAAGUCCUGGGUUUGGUUCUUGCAUUCGGCAACUACAUGAAUGGUGGCAAUAAGACUCGGGGUCAGGCAGAUGGCUUCGGAUUAGACAUUCUUCCAAAGCUGAAAGAUGUGAAGAGCAGUGAUAACAGCAGGAGCCUUUUGUCAUACAUUGUUUCAUAUUACCUUCGAAAUUUUGAUGAGGAUGCAGGAAGAGAACAGUGUGUCUUCCCACUGCCAGAACCUCAGGACCUUUUUCAAGCAUCCCAGAUGAAGUUUGAAGACUUUCAAAAAGAUCUCCGAAAGCUAAAGAAAGACUUGAAAGCCUGUGAGGUGGAAGCAGGAAAGGUGUACCAGGUCUCUUCAGAAGAGCACAUGCAGCCCUUCAAGGAAAACAUGGAGCAGUUCAUCAGUCAAGCUAAAAUUGACCAAGAAGCAGAGGAGACUUCCUUGACAGAGACACAUAAGUGCUUUUUAGAGACUACAGCCUAUUUUUUCAUGAAACCAAAAAUUGGAGAGAAGGAGGUUUCCCCAAAUGUUUUCUUCAGUAUCUGGCAUGAAUUCAGUUCCGACUUUAAAGACUUUUGGAAGAAGGAGAACAAGCUUAUUCUGCAAGAGAGAGUAAAAGAAGCUGAAGAGGUGUGUAGACAGAAAAAAGGAAAAUCACUUUAUAAAAUAAAACCAAGGCAUGACUCUGGAAUUAAAGCAAAGAUAAGCAUGAAAACAUGAAUUCUGACAGCAAAACGAAACAGUCACAACAGCCACUUCUCCAAAAUUCAUCUGACUUGAGGAUGGGAAGCAAAUCACAUCACUCUGAUAAUUUUUCUUCUUAACUUCCUGCAUAAUAUUUGUAUUUCCUAGGCAGUUCACUGAUUAUUGAAUUUUACUGUAUGUUCAU